AUGAAACAAAGGCUAUUGUUUUAUAAUGCUUCGAUAAGAUACUUUUUACAUUAUGUUAACACAAUCUGGACUAGCUGCGAUAAGAAGAAUCUAGGCCGUGUUUCUAUGCACAGAAAAAAAGAGCAGCAACGGCAAUUUCCGACGUUGAUGACCAGGCGUCUGGUGUUAAGCUUUUAAAUAUUCUGUAGUGGCCUCAUUUUUAUAAAGAAUCCAAAGUAGUGAAAUGUUUUGUGGCGUACAAACGCAUCAAGGGUGAAGUUUCCUGA